UGUGUUCGGCGGCGCGCGCAGGGAGCGGCGGGGUCUGGGCUGCUGGUUCCUGCGUUCCCGAGCAUGCGGCGGGGGCGAGAGCCGCGCGGCCCCGGACAGUCGGUGCUGAGUAAAUUCUUCCGGCCGGUGGGGUCCCUGCGCGUAGCCGGGUCCUCAGCCGGCUCCGCGGCGAGCGGCGGCGGCGAUGGGCUCCAGGCUGCGGCUCCGCACACGACUUCUAAGUCUGGCAGAAAUAAGAGAAGAGCUGUUGAAAACAAUGAACCUAGUAAAAAGAGGACAAAACCAGUACAAACUAAUAGAAAGGAAGGCCAUGAUGCAGUGAAGAUUCUUGAUGUUGAAGAGCCUAAGAAAUGUGCCAGGCCCUGCAUAUGUGUGAAAACAUUAAACAAACUGAGAGAAUUCUGCAGUGAUUCAAAGCACCCAUGUAACAGAGUCCAGGUGGAUACUUUACAAGGGAGUCAAUCUGUGCACUUGGAAAAAUGUCCGACUUUUGUGGAAAGAACCCUGGAAAUGAAUAGUGCUCUUCAUUCUCAGGACACAGGUUCUCAGGUCAGUGAGAAGGAACAGUCAUCCUUUAGUCUUAAUCAAUUUUCAGCAUCAUGUAAGAGUUUUGAAGGCUCUCAAAAUAUUUCUAAUACAAACCUCCUUAAUAAAAGAACCAAAAGCAUAUACACUCCACUAGAACUCCAGUUCAUAGAAAUGAAAGAACAGUAUAAAGAUGCUAUUUUGUGUGUGGAAUGUGGAUAUAAGUAUAGAUUCUUUGGAGAAGAUGCAGAGAUUGCAGCAAAGGAACUAAACAUUUACUGUCAUCAGGAUCACAAUUUUAUGACGGCCAGUAUACCAACUCACAGACUAUUUGUUCAUGUACGGCGACUUGUAGCAAAAGGAUAUAAGGUGGGAGUUGUAAAACAAAUGGAAACUGCAGCACUGAAGGCUGCUGGAGAAAAUAAAAGCUCUCUAUUUACUCGAAAACUGACUGCUCUCUAUACCAAAUCUACACUUAUUGGAGAAGAUGUGAACCCCUUGCUGAAGCUAGAUGAUCCUGUAGAUGUUGAAGAAUUAACAGCUGAUGUUUCCGAUAACUAUCUUCUUUGUAUCUGUGAAAAUAAAGAAAGCUUAAGAGACAAGAAGAAAGGGGAUGUUGUCAUAGGCAUAGUGGCAGUCCAACCCACUACGGGGGAAGUAGUUUUUGACAGUUUUCAGGACUCCGCAUCUCGCUUAGAAUUAGAGAGUCGAGUUUUGCGCCUGCAACCAGUUGAACUACUGCUUCCAUCAUACUUGUCGGAUCAAUCUGAGAGGCUCAUCAGCAGCAUAACCUCUGUAAGUUUACGAGAUGACAGAAUUCGAAUAGAAAGGAUGGAAAGCAUUUAUUUUGAAUAUAGCCGUGCUUUCCAGCUGAUUACUGAUUUUUAUGCAAGAGGAGUGCUUGAUACCACAGGUUCUCAACAACUGUCUAUAAUCCUAAACUUGGAUAAGCCUGUGAUUUGCUCUUUGGCAGCAGUAAUUAUGUACCUCAAAGAAUUUAAUUUGGAAAAGAUACUUUACAACCCGAGUAACUUUAAACAGUUAUCAAGUGAAGCUGAAUACAUGACAAUUAAUGGGACAACACUGAAAAAUCUGGAAAUCUUACAAAAUCAGACUGAUAUGAAAACAAAAGGCAGCCUAUUGUGGAUCUUGGAUCAUACCAAAACUUCCUUUGGACGUCGGAAACUAAAGAAAUGGGUGACACAACCUCUUAUGAAAUCCAGUGAAAUAAAUGCCCGACUUGAUGCUGUGUCUGAAAUUCUCCUGUCAGAAUCCAGUGUGUUUGGUCAUAUUCAAAAUCAUCUGUGUAAGAUGCCAGACAUAGAGAGAGGACUCUGUAGUAUUUAUCACAAAAAGUGUUCAACUCAAGAGUUCUUCUUGAUAGUCAGCACUUUGUCUCGCCUGGAGACAGAACUCCAAGCACUGUUUCCAGCUAUACGUUCCCAAGUGAAAGCUCCUUUACUGCAGAUGGCCCUCUUGGAAAUUCCUGAGCUCCUCUGCCCCGUGAAACAUUACUUAAAGAUACUUAAUGAAGAAGCGGCCAAAACUGGAGAUAAAACCCAAUUGUUCAAGGAUCUUACAGACUUCCCUACUAUCAGAAAGCAGAAGGAUGACAUUCAGAAGGUGAUUUCCCAGAUCCAAUUUCAUCUGCAAGAAAUACGACAAAUGAUAAAGAACCCUUCUGCAGAGUAUGUUACAGUAUCAGGACAAGAGUUUCUGAUAGAAGUCAAGAAUUCACUCUUAUCCUCUGUACCCUCGGAUUGGGUUAAGGUUGGUAGCACAAAAGCUGUCAGCCGUUUCCACUCUCCUUUUAUUGUAGAAAAUUACCGACAUCUGAAUCAGCUCCGGGAGCAGCUAGUCCUUGACUGCAAUGCUGAAUGGCUAAAUUUUUUAGAUCAUUUUAGUGAACAUUAUCACUCUGUGUUGAAGGCGGUUAGUCACCUAGCAACUGUUGACUGCAUUUUCUCAUUGGCCAAGGUUGCUAAACAAGGAGCCUAUUGCAGACCAGUUGUGCAAGAUAAAGGGAAAAAAAUAGUUAUAAAAAAUGGCAGACACCCUGUGAUUGAUGUAUUGCUAGGAGAACAAGAUCAGUAUGUUCCAAACAGCACCAACCUAUCCGGUGACAAAGAAAGGGUAAUGAUAAUUACUGGACCCAACAUGGGUGGAAAGAGCUCCUAUAUAAAACAAGUUGCACUGAUCACGAUCAUGGCACAGAUUGGUUCCUAUGUUCCUGCAGAGGAGUCCACAGUUGGAAUUGUGGAUGGUAUUUUUACCAGAAUGGGUGCUGCAGACAACAUAUACAAGGGUCGGAGUACUUUCAUGGAGGAACUAACAGAUACAGCAGAGAUAAUAAGAAAAGCAACCUCAAGUUCACUAGUAAUAUUGGAUGAACUGGGGAGAGGAACUAGCACACAUGAUGGAAUUGCUAUUGCCUAUGCUACACUUGAACAUUUUAUCAGAGAUGUGGAAUCAUUGACACUGUUUGUCACUCACUACCCCUCAGUAUGUGAUCUGGAAAAGAUAUACCCAGAGCAGGUUGGGAAUUACCACAUGGCCUUCCUGGUGAAUGAAGAAGAAAGUGAACAACAAAAAGGAUCUGAAGAUGAAGAGAAUCCUGAAUUUAUCACUUUUCUUUAUCAAACAACUAGAGGAGUUGCUGCAAGGAGUUAUGGACUAAAUGUUGCUAAACUAGCAGAUGUUCCUGAAGAAAUCUUAAAGAAGGCAGCUCACAAAUCAAAAGAGCUUGAGGGAUUAGUGAAUAUGAAAAGAAAAAGGCUAAAGUCUUUUGCCAGAAUAUGGAAUAUAAAUGAUUCCCAGGAACUACAAGAAUGGAGUAUUAUGUGUGAAACUGGACAUGAAUGGAUAGACCAUUUUUAAUGCUUCAGAUCCUACCUAUUUGAAGCCUGUAGUAAUUAACAAAAUAUAAGCAAUUCAAAAUAUACUACUGUACAGAGUAAUGUAUUUGAACAAUGUGCAAUUUCAUAUACGUAAGUGGACCAUAUAGCUAUUGGGAGGUUAACUUUUGAAAAUAAGGAACAUUAUAAUAUACUUCAUAUUUAAUUUUUAAAAAGAAGCUCAUUUUAUUAAAAAAAAAGUGCAAAGCAACUAGUUGCAUUUGAUAAAGUUUACAGUGUGAUUAGAAAAUAUGAAUAAUUAUGUUUGUAAAUUGUUAGAAAAUCAUUGUAUUAAAAAUAAAAUAAUGGCUUUAAAGAUUAUUGUACUUUGAUUUCUGAAGAAAAUAAUAUUUCUGUGUGUGUGUUAUUCUGGAAAAUUUUAAUUCAGUUGGUCAUUCACUGUAUUUGAUUUAGUGAUAUACAGCUCUUCACAUUCACACACUAUUGUUUCAUAUUUACCUUUGAUUCAGUAAUAUAAAGGACAUUGUCAACUUGAUUAUUUUUAUAUUCAAGAUUCUGGUAAAGCAGCACCCUUUAAACAAUGUUUAAAAUGAAUCAUUAAAAUUUUUAGCAAAACUAUGCAUUGGGUGUGGCGAUAAGGGGAUUUCUGUUCCGCUGCUCAUGCUUAUAAAGGUGUUAUCCGCAGGCUUGAAGAGCAACAGCACCAAAUGUGCUCAAGCUCACUUUUCCUCUCCGUGCUCACAGUGGUCUGCUGCCUCUUCAGUUUUGACUUCGGCUUUACUGCUGCUAUUGGCACUCCCUAGCAGAGUCUUCAAAAAGACUACAUCUGAGUUUCUCCCAGGGCAAUGUGUGUGAAUGAUAUCAGCAUGUUAAUGCGUAAGACAGUGAGGGAGCAACCAAAACUGUGAAAGUAGCAAUCCAUAAAGUCCCGUUGACGGUAAGUUUUUUUUUUUAGUUGAAGUGAUGUUAGAUGUUUCUAGUACAAGCAUAAGUUUGCACAUAGAAAUGUGAUUUGAGUUGGUGUCACUCUAUUUUCAUAGCUGCAAUACUUUUUUUUUUUAGAGUGCAUAAUCCAGAUAAAGUUUAUACAUUUAACAUUUAGUAAAAUAUUAAUGUUUAUCAUACGUAUAGAACUAUUUUAUUUCUAUAAAUCUCCACUCAUUUUGUUAAACAUCUUAUUAUUUUGGACAUUUGCUAUAGGGUAAAGGACAAAAUGCAUUUUGUCAUUUUAUUGGGGAAACCGCUGAUGAGAGCCUGCCUGAUUAUAUUCACAAAAAUAAAAAAUAAUCCAGUUUUUUUUCUAAGUAAUGCAUUUUAAAUGGAUCUUAAAAUGACUGAAAUUGUAUCAUCAUGUCAAUGAACGUUAUGGCUUUUACAGUGUAAAGAACUAAUAUAAUCCCAAGCUGCACAAAUA